AUGCCGGAGAAAGGGGGGGGGGGGGGGGGGAUCAACACCGCUCGGGGUAUUAUCCAGCAUCGAGUCGAACUUGACUAUGCCAUUGGGAUCGAGGGCGGGGUUUCGGGGCUUUGUCGCGGCGUUGGCAGCGGAUCAAGGCCCAAUGACAUAGAGGCGGCGGUGGGGACGGUAGGGUUUGGUGAUUUGAGGGUCAGAAGCGAAGGGAAAUGUGGAUUGCAAUUGGCUUCCAAGGUUAUCAGAGGACAUGGAAAUGAGCCUGACUUGCACGCACCCUGA